AUGGACGGGCAAAACCAGGAUUGGAAGAAUUUUCUACAGCAGCAGUUUUCCAAGCAAGCAGCUCUCUUACAGCAGCUAACGCUGCACCUCCGGGACGAGACGCAAGCUGGCCUCAAGCUGGAGAACAAAAAGCUCUCCCAGGCUGUGCAGGAGCAGUUUGCGAAGCAGGCGAAGCUGCUGCAAGGCCUGAACACCGCCCCUCACUGGUCUUCUGAUCUCGGCAGGUCCGAGGACCCUCUGGUGCAGGAGGGCACUGGCGAGCUGCCUGCAGAGGUCGGCACGAAGCAGGAGGCCGCGGAAGGAGGUUCGGCGCUCGCGCUGCAAGGUUCGGCGGAACACACCCGCGAUCGGGAUAACAAGCCAGCCCUGCACAGCUGGACCAGCUCUUGGAAGCACGACGAUGAGCAUCCGGAACCGACCUCCAAGUCUCAAGCUGUGGCCCUGGCCAUCGUGCACUCUCCCACCUUCACCCACGCCAUCACCCUGCUGAUCUUGGUGAACAUGGUCAUUCUCGGGGUGGAGGUGGACAUUGCUUCGCACCUUCCACCCUACGAGGAGCCAAGAUGGUUUGGACUCAUCAAUGUCAUCAUUGUGGCUGUCUUUGUUUUCGAGCUGAUCCUGAAGUUCGUGGCCUAUGGCUGCAGAGGCUUCGUGCAUGGACCGGAGAGGUGGUGGAACCUCUUCGAUGUGGUCAUCAUCGGGACCUCCGUGCUGGAGACCGUCAUGGAAUUCAUCGCCAUCACGCUAUCGGCAAUGCAGAUGGACUCGAGCCAUCUCCGGAUCAUGCGUUUUGCACGCAUUGCGAGGGCGCUCCGGGGCGUGCGCGCGGUGCGCUUCCUCCGAUUUGUCAGCGCCCUGCGAACGCUGGUGUUCUCCAUCCUCAGUACGAUGUGGUCUCUGAUUUGGACGCUGGUGCUUCUCAUUCUUCUUUUUUACUGCUUCGCGGUGAUCUUGACCCAGCUUGUGACGGACCAUUGUCGCUACAACUCCGGUGGCCUGGGGACCUGCGCGCCGGACCUACUGAGGUACUGGAACAGUGUGGCGGAGAGCAUGCUCACGCUGUUCAUCUCGAUCUCCGGCGGCCUCAGCUGGUCUGAAGCGCUUCAGCCAUUGCGAGAUGUCUCGGAGAUCGCCUUUCUCUGCAUGGUCGUGUACAUUGUGCUCACGGUUCUGGCAAUUCUUAACGUGGCAGCGCGUCUUGCACUGGUGACACACCUGAGGAUGCUGUUCAACAAUGUCUGCUUAGCACGCCGCAGCUUUGUGUACCCACAACGAUGCUGUCCGCUCAAGAAGCCAUGCAAGGUAUAG